UUCUUCCCGUCAGUUGCCAGUCAUGUCGGAUUGGAGCGAUACGAGUGAGGCGGCCGACAGCGACACUUCAAGCAGCAUGCCGCGGUUCUCUAGACCCUGGGAGGAGAAGAAGAAAGCCGCCGCCAAACGCGCGAAGCGUGAAUAUUCGUCCCCGUGGAUGCGGUACUACAACCUGAGCGCGAAACAGCGACGGGCCGAGGACAAAAGGAUCGCGGAUAAACUGGCGGCCGUGGAGGCGGAAUUUCGCGAAGUCGAGAAGUUCGAGCUCACCUACGUGCCGUUCGAGUACCGCACGCGCGGCAGCUCGCUGAGCCCCCGCACCCCGCCGCCAAAGGAGGCCGCCCCCGCGUCUGACGCGGUCCUCCCUGCUUCUCCUCUGCCGUCCACCAGCAAGGCGGGCCUCCCGGAGCCGCCUCGCGAAGCGCAGCAGCCUGAUGACAGGCGAGUCAAGUUUCGACUAGUGGACGGCUCGGUCGUCUCGAGUUCCGACGACGAGGACACCACGUACGUGUCUCGAGUCUCGCGCAAGAGGCUCGUGUACAGCACCGACGACGACGCGAACGCCAGGAGCCCGCCCACGGCGUCGGAGCGGCGCGUCCACGACGUCAGUUCGGACGACGACGACGUGAGCGGGCGCGUCGCACGGCUCCCUAAAGUGCGGGAGACACCUGGCGCGUUGCCCUGCGCCGGCAUCCGGGAGGAGGACGUCGACCGCGAGGGUGGCGACGCCGCCGAGCGCGCCUCCUCGUCGUCGCUCACGAGAGCCGACAUCAUCCGAAAGAGGAAGGAGAGGAUCGCCAGGCAGCGCAGCCACAUCGAGGAAAUCUGUUCCGGUUACCGCAGCUCCAGCGACGAGGCGAGCCGCAAGCGAAGCUUUCGUCGCACGCCUGCCGUAACACCGAGAGACCGCAGCCGAGCAGUCCCAGGCCGCCGGAGUCACGUCCGCAGGGCGCUGUGGUCGCGGGAUGCCCGGGCCAUUCCUUCGCCGACGUCCAGCGUGGAGGAACCGCUGCGUGUCCAGCAGCAGGGCCAGACUCCGCCCUCUUUCAAACUCUCCUCGGCCGGCUCAUCGACCAGCAGCAUCGGGGGGCCAUCGGCGAGGACUUCCCGGGUAUGGCACUCCACCCCGCACGGGCCACCGCGGAGGAGGUUCAGCUCCCUGCGAGACGUCGGGGCGUCCGGCUCGGCUCCCUUGCGCGGGACGCUCGCCCUGGCAGCGAGUGCCGACAGGCCGCAGCGCACGGGCAGCGGGUUCCUCCAGGUCCUGGACCGCGGCCAGACGCUGGUCAUCACCAAGCAGCCCGAGUUGCAGGAAGGGACCUGUUUCGGCGAGCAGCCGCCGACUGAGCCUCCCAGCGCUGCUGCCAGCCCGGCGUCACGGCGUCAUGACGAGAGCUCGGCCACUCGGAGGAGCGUUGACGCGGCGGAGUGGUGGGUCUGCCAUAGAACAAAAGCCCUCAGUAACUUACGUGAAAAAAUAGGGCCACUGGUUGGUGAAGCAGUCUUUAGGUAA